ACCUUCUAAAGAAUGCUCUAAUACCAUAUCCGCAUCUUUCAAAAAUCAACUUGAUCCCAAUGGAAUCAAUUGGAAAGGUGUCUCAGAAGAUACUAGAAAUUUUUAUUUUGGGGAAUUCAAGACAUACCAUUGGGACUCUUCGAUUCCUGAGAGUGUAAUAAAAAAACAUUGGAAUACUAAGGCAGCAACAAAGUAUAGGAAUUUCAUUAGCAAAAUUAAACAAAAAAGGAUUAAGCCGGAUUAUGUGUCUGAUAAUGUGUGGGAACGCUGGUUGCAACUUUGGGCGGAUCCUAAGUGUGUCGAAAAGUCGGAGAUAAAUGCAAAGAAUCGUUGUGGAGGGAAAGAAGUUCUGCGGGACUCACACGGGUGGCUCUAUCGCAUUGGGGAGCAUCGCAAGAGACUUGCUGUUACAAAGGGUCGAGAUCCAACACCAGGUGAGGUACAUUUGCAUGUCCAUACACAUGAUCAUGAUGGAGAAUCUUUUGUUGAUGAGCGUGCCCGAGCUGUCCAUGAAAGAUAUCAAGAAAUAUUACGGGAAAAAUCACGUCUCGGUCGAUAUUGAUCAAUGUGAAGCAUAUUACGAAGGCUUUGGGGGAACAAGGAAGAGAAGAAUAUAUGGUCUUGGAUCUCAAGCACAAAGUUAUUAUGGGCCAAAUCUUUGCGUCAAUUUUGCCUUUAAUGCUUACAUCGGCGGCACCUUCAACUUCUCAAUCGGCACCUACGGAAAAUAUGGAGGAGUUAGUGAUGCGAUUGAUUCCUACAACGGCGAUCGCUUGCUUCCUUUAUUUAUUGAGAAGGCACGCGAGUGA